GGGGGACUGCAUUUCUCUGACUAACACCUGCUCGUGGGUCCAUGUUCUCUCUUUCUAGAAACAAAAAGACAGAAAGAAACGGGAGAAACUGGGCCAAGAGCAGAAGAACAAAGAGAACACUGACCCAAGCCGCUCAAGUGGCCCUGCAGGCACUGGGCCCCCCCCAAAUGGUGCUGAGGAUGAGGGAUGCUGCCCAGAGCCCUCCUCGUGCCCUGGGGACUCCACAGUCCCCUUGGGGGAGGAGCCUGAGCUGGAGGACACAGCAGUGACAGAGGAGGAGCUGGACCUGAGCUGCACUUUUGUCUGCAAAGCACGGGAGAAGGCUGGAGUCCGGCUGCCCCCCCCAGGUAGUGACCGGUCCCCUGGGACACAGAACAUGGAGCCAAACAGGAAGGUGCCAGAAAAGGAGAGUAGAGACCCUGUGAAGAGACCUGUGCCCUCCCAACCCCUCCAGCCCAGACCACCCAGUCCCAGCACAUUAGAGCAGAGCCUGGCUCUUGCAGGCCAUGGCAUCGAGGCAGCCCAGAUGGGCCAACACAAUGAGGCCGUUUGGGCUUUCACUGCUGCCCUGGAGCUGAAUCCCCGAGAGCACCGGCUCCUGGGGAACCGCUCGUACUGCCUAGAGAAGCUGGGACGAUACGAGGAGGCACUGGCGGAUGCGGAGGCGGCGCUGGCGCUGCGGCCGGGCUGGCCCAAGGGCUCCUUCCGCAAGGGCAAGGCCCUGCUGGGGCUUCAGCGCUACACCGAGGCCGCACGCACCUUCGAAGAGCUGCUGCUGCAGGAUGGGUCCUAUGCUGAGGCAGCCACGCAGCUGGAGGCCUGCCGGGCCCAGCUGCAGCAGUGCAGCCUCCCCGGGGAUGUCCCCGUGUCCCCAUUCCUGCUCAAGGCUAAGGAGCCGCUGUUUCUCCCUGGAUGGACGACCAGGAGCUGCCAGAACACAGGUGACACAAGUGUGACAGGAGGCAGCGCUGGGACCCCCACAAGAGACCUGAAACGGGAACCCACUGUGGCCAGUGGCCACCCAACACUGCCACCAAGCCACCCCGCCAGGGACUGCUUCCCUCUCUGGGUGGGCAAUGUCACCUCCCACAUCAAUGAGAAGGUGUUGCGUCGUGCCUUUGGCCGGUUCGGGGAGAUCCGCUCUAUGCGGCUUCUCCCAGGGCGCCACUGUGCCUUCAUCAACUUCUGUGGCAAGGCAGAGGCCGAGGAGGCCUUCAGGGCCAUGCAGGGUGCCACCGUGGAGGGCAGCAAACUGUUGUUGCAACUCAAGCACCCAUCCCACGCCACCCCGGCCCCCAUGCCCCGUGCCAAGGGCAGGGCCACCCCUGGGGGGCUGCUGAAUUGACCCUGCUCUGCUGCGGGGGCUGCCAGGGCCGCCACCACCACCUGCCUGUACCUUCUUGUGCCUUGUCCCCCCGUGCCAGGGGUGGAAUUAUCACCCCCUCGUGCCUUAGGGGUGCUGGGGGUCGGGGCCCACCUUGCAGCCCCUUGUGCUGAGAUGGUGGGCCUGAGCUGUUCCCCGUUGCCCCUCAGGGAUUUGUAUCAAUUUGGGGUUUUUAAUAAAACAGAUUUGUUUUUC